UGGUCUCGCGCCCGCGCCGCCCCGCGUGCUGCAGCCCCGCGCGUGGAGCUCCCGCACCGCUCCGCCACCCGCGCCCGCAGGAGGAGUAGCAGCGCGGGGCCCAGGGCUCGUGGGGAGCAGCGUCUCGGGGUCCCGCAGCCCAGCCCAGCCCAGCCCGGUGCAGCCGCCCGCCCGCCCGCCGGCCGGAGGAUGAGCGAGCCGGGCCCCGCCGCCGCCCGCCCGCCCGGCUAGGCUCAGCCCCGCGCCCCGCACCCGGCUCCUUUGUUCCCGCGCCCGCAGCCUGCCAUGUACCCGCAGGGCCGGCACCCGGCCCCCCACCAGCCUGGGCAGCCGGGGUUCAAGUUCACCGUGGCCGAGUCCUGCGAUCGCAUCAAGGAUGAGUUCCAGUUCCUGCAGGCGCAGUAUCACAGCCUCAAAGUGGAGUACGACAAGCUGGCCAACGAGAAGACCGAGAUGCAGCGCCAUUAUGUUAUGUACUAUGAAAUGUCUUAUGGUUUGAACAUUGAAAUGCACAAGCAGACGGAAAUCGCGAAAAGGCUGAACACGAUCCUGGCUCAGAUCAUGCCGUUCCUGUCGCAAGAGCACCAACAGCAGGUGGCCCAGGCUGUUGAGCGCGCCAAGCAGGUGACGAUGACCGAGCUGAAUGCUAUCAUCGGGGUACGUGGACUUCCCAAUCUGCCUCUCACCCAACAGCAGCUCCAGGCACAGCACCUCUCUCACGCCGCUCACGGGCCCCCGGUCCAGCUGCCACCUCACCCCUCCGGCCUGCAGCCUCCAGGGAUCCCCCCCGUCUCCGGGAGCAGCUCGGGGCUGCUGGCGCUCGGCGCUCUCGGCAGCCAGGCGCACUUGACCGUCAAAGACGAGAAGAACCAUCACGACCUGGAUCACAGAGAGCGCGACUCCAGCGCAAAUAACUCUGUCUCGCCGUCGGACAGCUUGAGAGCCAGCGAGAAGCACCGGAGCUCCACGGACUACAGCAUCGACUCCAAGAAGCGGAAAGCCGAGGAGAAGGACAGCAUGAGCCGAUACGACAGCGACGGUGACAAGAGCGACGACCUGGUGGUGGACGUCUCUAACGAGGAUCCCACCACGCCGCGCGUCAGCCCGGCCCACACCCCCCCAGAGAACGGGAUCGACAAAACCCGGGGGCUGAAGAAAGACGCGCCAAACAGCCCCGCCUCGGUGGCUUCCUCCAGUAGCACCCCCUCGUCCAAGACGAAAGACCUGGGCCACAAUGACAAGUCGUCGACGCCGGGGCUCAAGUCCAACACUCCCACGCCGCGCAACGACGCUCCCACGCCCGGGACCAGCACGACUCCCGGCCUCCGGCCCAUGCCGGGAAAGCCCACGGGCAUGGACCCCCUGGGUAGGUUGCCUUGGAGUCGGUGCCAGGCUGUGGGGGGAGUCCAGGCCUCGCUGGCGUCAGCCCUGCGGACGCCCAUCUCCAUAGCAGGCUCCUACGCGGCCCCCUUUGCCAUGAUGGGGCACCCCGAGAUGAACGGGUCCCUCACCAGCCCGGGAGCCUACGCCGGGCUCCACAACAUCCCUCCCCAAAUGACGGCCGCCGCCGCCGCCGCCGCCGCCUACGGUCGAUCGCCAAUGGUGAGCUUUGGAGCUGUCGGCUUCGACCCCCACCCACCCAUGCGGGCGCCCGGACUCCCCACCAGCCUGAGCUCCAUUCCCGGCGGGAAACCAGCCUACUCCUUCCAUGUAAGCGCGGACGGCCAGAUGCAGCCGGUGCCCUUUCCCCACGACGCCCUGGCCGGCCCCGGCAUCCCACGGCAUGCCCGGCAGAUCAACACGCUGAGCCACGGCGAGGUGGUAUGUGCCGUGACCAUUAGCAACCCCACCCGACACGUGUACACCGGUGGGAAGGGGUGCGUGAAGAUCUGGGAUAUCAGCCAGCCCGGCAGCAAGAGCCCCAUCUCGCAGCUGGAUUGCCUGAACAGAGAUAACUACAUCCGCUCCUGCAAGCUGCUGCCCGACGGGCGCACGCUGAUCGUGGGAGGGGAGGCCAGCACGCUGACCAUCUGGGACCUGGCCUCCCCGACGCCACGCAUCAAGGCCGAACUGACCUCCUCCGCUCCAGCCUGCUACGCCCUGGCCAUCAGCCCUGACGCCAAGGUCUGCUUCUCCUGCUGCAGCGACGGCAACAUCGCUGUGUGGGAUCUCCACAACCAGACGCUAGUCAGGCAAUUCCAAGGGCACACAGACGGCGCGAGUUGCAUAGACAUCUCGCACGACGGUACAAAAUUGUGGACGGGGGGGCUGGACAACACCGUGCGUUCCUGGGACCUGAGGGAAGGAAGGCAGCUCCAGCAGCAUGACUUUACUUCCCAGAUCUUCUCGCUGGGCUACUGCCCAACCGGGGAGUGGCUGGCGGUGGGCAUGGAAAGCAGCAACGUGGAGGUGCUGCACCACACCAAGCCGGACAAGUACCAGCUGCACCUGCACGAGAGCUGCGUCCUGUCGCUGAAAUUCGCCUACUGUGGUAAAUGGUUUGUGAGUACGGGGAAAGACAACCUGCUCAAUGCCUGGAGAACUCCCUAUGGGGCCAGCAUCUUCCAGUCGAAAGAAUCCUCAUCUGUCUUGAGUUGUGACAUUUCAGCAGAUGACAAAUACAUUGUAACAGGCUCUGGUGACAAGAAGGCCACAGUCUAUGAGGUCAUCUAUUAAACACGGAUUUUAACGGGGCUGUCAACUCCGAAGAUCAGGCUGCAGCCUGACAACACAAUGGCGAGGCUCUGAAGGAUGGAGGGGAAAUGAAAGCCGACCAGCCAUGCGUUGAGACAUUGUUUUCUGCUGGGCGGUGUACCGCGGGUCCCCGAAGCCUUGGAGAGGAUGCAUUUAAGGCCGGGUCUAUACUACGGAGGGACUGAUGAUGUAUGGAUUGCUUUGAAGGCCUGCAAAGAUGCACACAUCAGAGCCCUAAAGAGAUUCUGGUUUGGUUUGGGGGCUUGGUUUUCCCCACCCCCACCCCUUUAUUUUAUUUUUUAUUUUUUUUGGUUCUUUUGUCUGCGCUUUGGUGGCACUAUAAAGGACUUAUUUUUUAUCGUGACUUUUUUUUUUUUUUUCUUUUUUGGUGCACGCUGCAUAAGACUUGUGAAAAGUGUAAAUAAAGGACUCGUACCUAGAAUCGGAAGGGUGGGGGAAUCCUCCUGGUACACUAGUUGUGUAUUUUUUUUUUUAAUUUUUUUUUUUUGUCUGCUGUAAUUGUAUUCCACUGAUGGUUUGGUGGUGGCAAAGUUCCCCUUCUCCCCCCAUCCCCUCCCAGCCCUCACCUCCCCAUUUGGGGCACUUCUUUGACAUGCAGCUUGUAACCAGGUUGAGCAAAGAUGUCCACUGGUGAAGUUGUUCCUACUGUUGUAUAUGUGAAUUGUCCAGCGUGUUAGUCCCAUGUUUGAACACUGUACGGACUGAAGUCAAAUUGGUCAGAUCUUCAGCUACUGAUGUGACAUCAGCAAAAACAAUCACGUUUUUAUAUGGAUUUUUUUUUUUUUUGUGCUCAUAUGUUUGAAGAAAACGGGAAGUCCACCUUCUGCAAUGCUUCUGCUCAAGCCCUUCUUGAUCUUUGGACAUAAACAACGAGGAAUAAUUUCAAAGAAAGCAUAGUAAAAACAAAAAAAACAAAAAAAAAAACAGCUCAGGGAGCCAUGAAAGAUAAUAGCAACUUAAGUGUUUUGUAUUCAAAUGAAAGUAAAAAAAUUAGAAUUGAUAACCUUUAAAAUACAUUUUUUUUUUUUUUUUUUUUUUUUUUAAAGUUUACUAACCGGUAGGGUUUGUGUGUGGUGGGGGAAGGGGUGGGGGGCUGUCUCCGGUAGGGCUCUGUGGCUUUUACGGUCUUGUGACUUCUGGCGUAUAGGUUUCAACGAAGCAAAACCCAUCCCCACACAGGCCUGCGUUUCAGCGUUUUGUACUAAAGGGUAAAAAUGAAUAAAUAAUGGAAAAUAAAAAGUAUUUGUGUAGCAGAUGUGCUCACCCUGUAUUGUAGCAUACAGAAGAGAAUUUUUAUACUACAUUUUUAUGGAUUAUUUUUUAAUUUUUUGAUUUUAAUCUGGUCAAAAAAUAAUUAGGGUUAAGGUGAAGAAAGAAGAAGAAAAAAAAACUACCUGUUUUAAAUGCAUUGAUAAUACAAAAGGAUGAUAAUGUAGAGAUGCUCUUUACCUUUCUGUUCUUGGAUGCAUGUUCAGCAUCAAGGCAGUAUCCCAAGUUCUCCGCGGUACCCUCCAGCUGUGGCAGUGGUUUGGGAUGGAGUAGACGAGAGGUGAAAAUCAAUUGUAUGGGAUUUUCUUUUCGGUGUUUAAGAUGUGAUGGGGUUUUUUUGCUCAAGACUCAAAUGAGGGAAACCUCAAAGGCAAAAGCAUGCACCUGACCUGACUGGGAAAUAGGCGCCUGUGACUCUGAGACCCUCGCUCUGUAGCACGAAAGCUUGGGCCUUGAUUUACCGUGUGCAUGAUGUAUUUGGAAAAGCGCCGGCCUAGGAAAACCUGUAUUGUUGGGUUCGGUUUUGUGUUUUUUGGAGGGCGGUUAUGUCAAGAAAAAUGACUGUGAAACCAACACCAUCCCCAGUGGAUGUGCGGAUGCAGUCAGAGCUGCUUAGUUUAAUGACUGCAGCGUUUGACUGCUUCUGGCUCUGCGCUGACCUGGCUGCUUUGAAUAACCAGCUUUUCAACACAACGCUGAGCCGUGGCCGGGUUUGCAUGGGAAGAACUUUUUCCAGUCGGCACUCAGGGCUGCAGUAGAGACUGCCAUAUCAGCCGGGGAUUUGUGAUGCUUCCCACCCUAGACUCGCCCCCAGGAGCCUUCCUGGGCAUCCGGUCUGAAAUGGUUGUGGGUGGUAUAUAAUCUCCUAGGUUUAAACAUGCAUGCAGAAGCCCAUGAGAAACAGCCCCCAUGGGGGUCCCACAAAUACCCUUUUUGCAGUCAUUUUUCAGAGUAGUAACCCACCCCAGCUGACUAACGUGCCGGGGAUGGCACAGGUUCAGAUGGCUGUGAACUUUGCAAUGGGGGAGCUCCCACUCACGCGCAGAUGUCCCGAGCAGUUUCUUGGUUGCACGCUGGUGCUUUUCUAAAAAAUACAUAAAUAAAGCAAAAGGUAAAAAAAAAAAAAAAAAAAAAAAAAAAAAAAAAAAGCCAAGCCCUGCCUGGCGCUGGGUCGGCGGAGGGGUUUACCAAGUCAUCCGGUCUCAACAUUACACCAAAGUAUGUAGCAGAGUAUGUACAGCUGUUAAUACCGACAACUGGUUUUGUAUUAAAAAGAGGGGGAAAAAAAAGAGAGACAAAAAUGAGGGUGGGGUGGGGGGCGGGGAAUAAAAAGAAUAAAAACUUAAAUGUAAUGAAGUGCAAAUGAAAGCAAAGUGUCUAUAAAGCAUUUGGUCUAUGAAAACCCUGCACUGAGUUGUUAAUAAAAGCAAACAAGCAAA